AGUAAUAACGAAUGAGUAGCGACAUAAAAUCUCUUAUCCGCAUUCACGUGCACGUACAUCCUACUUACUAUCACAAAACACUCCAAUCACAAAAAGCUCGCUGUUCAUCCCGCUGGCCAGCACUCGGCGACACAAAUACUGAAAACGCCACUACACUCCAUAAACCUAACCCUAACCCUAGAUUUCUCCGCCAAUUUCCUUUUGCCCGCCAUCCCAUCUUCUUCCCCCAAAUGCCCCGCCAUUACCUUCCCCCUCUACUUCUAAUGGCGGCGGUGGUCCUCAUCGCCGUCACAGGCUGCACCAAUCCCUUAUCCACCGGCGAUCUCCCCGCAUUUCGCGAGGCUCCAGCUUUCCGCAACGCCCCCCGCUGCGCCGCAGCGCCGACAAUCCACAUCGCCAUGACCCUCGACGCAACCUACCUCCGCGGAUCCCUCGCCGGCGUUCUAUCGAUUCUGAAGCACACAUCCUGCCCGGAGAACGUCACAUUCCACUUCGUCGCCAUCUCGCCAUUCCACCACCUCCGACGCACGGUGGCCGCUACCUUCCCUUCCCUCCCGUUUCGAAUAUACAGAUUCGAUGCCGCGUUGGUACGCGGCAAGAUCUCCUCGUCGGUCCGGCGAGCUCUAGACAACCCGCUCAACUACGCUCGAAUCUAUCUCGCCGAUCUUCUCCCCCCAACAGUCCGUCGUGUCAUCUACUUCGACUCCGAUCUCGUCGUCGUCGACGACGUCGCGCGUCUCUGGGGCAUUGAGCUUGGUCCCUACGUGCUCGGUGCCCCCGAGUACUGCCACGCCAAUUUCACAGCGUAUUUUACGGACAGAUUCUGGUCGGACCGCGAUUUCCCUCACGCACUCGACGGCCGCGUUCGCCGGCCGUGUUACUUCAACACCGGCGUGAUGGUGAUGGAUCUGGCUAAAUGGAGGGCUGGGGGAUACACGAGGAGGCUGGAGGGGUGGAUGGAGGUUCAGAAGAAGGUGGCGAGGAUCUACGAGCUGGGAUCACUGCCUCCCUUUCUUCUUGUUUUCGCCGGCGAGGUGAGGGGAGUGGAGCACCGAUGGAAUCAGCACGGUCUCGGGGGCGACAAUGUGGAGGGGCUAUGCCGUGACCUGCAUCCAGGACCGGUGAGCCUCCUCCACUGGAGCGGUAAAGGGAAGCCGUGGCUUCGCCUCGACGCCGGCAGGCCGUGCCAGCUCGAUGGCCUGUGGGAGCCGUACGAUCUCCUCCUCCGCCGCCGCGACCGUAGACCGUUCGCCGUCGACGUCUGAUAACGCGGCGGGUAUUGUCGGUGGGAAGAUUUGCGGGACCCACGGGAGGAAUGGUGGCAGCUGGGUGAAAUUUAAACGGGAAGCAGGGGCAGAAUGGUCAAUUCGAAUGGAAGCAAGGGCGAGCGGUUUGCUGUGGAGUGCGAACUAGCUGGAUUCAAUAAUGAAGAACCGGUGUACGAUCGGUGUCGCCAGCUCAUACUAUUUCGUCGUUUAUUUUUUUUAUUUUUUUUCAUUUUAGUCCAUUCAAUUUAAUAUAAUU